GGUUACGAGCAGCACCCGAUGAAAAACAAGUCCUUAUUCAGCUCCUAAGUUUGUUUGCGGAAGAAAAAAACAUCUGUCAGAAAAGACAACAAAAUAUAGUUACACAUGUUUGUUGAAUGGCAAUCGGUCUGCUGCUAUUCGUGAUCACGUGCGACUUUCAUCGCGAUAUCCAAUGUCUACGAUGGUAAAUCAGGAAACUAAAACCAGCAGCUGCAAAAUAAACGGUCUCUUCAGCACAGGAGAGGACUUUGAUGAUGAGGAUCUGCUCGGAACAGACUGGACCGUCCGCCCGGCGUCUGGAGGAGCUGAUGCAGCUGCAGCUGAUGUGUCCUCCUGUUUGCUGCGACCUCCUUCUGUAGGCCACAGAGAGCCAGUCAUAAAAUGCCUCCAGCAAAGUGCACAGGGAUCGGCUGCUCUGUGUAAAGACACAGCAUUAAGAAGCAGGGACACUCCUGCCGGACAAACAUUUGCUCUAGGUUUGAGACAGCUCUCCUCGUCGUCCUCACAAUCUCCCUCCACACUGAAUAACACUAGGGUUAAUGUAGUUACAUUACAGAGUCAUGCCAACACUGGGGCAUCAUUGAAGCCCUGUGUGGCUCAGGAUGAUUUUGACGAUUGGGAUAUUGACCUGGCAGACCUGGAUGAGAGUGAAUGUCGGAUGGCGCCACCACUUAAAGCUCCUCCUCCCACUCCACCUGCACCCACACCUGCAUUUUCAACAAAAACGCUUCGACCCCCAACAUGUGGAGGGAUUCAGACACAACCUAAUCGGACUCAUAACUUGCCUCCUCAGACCCUUUUGGCUGCUCAUGUGCGACCUGCAGUUCCCCGCCCUACUCUUCCCUUAGCCCCUCCACAGAGUCCUUGUGCUUUUCCUGGCCGCAUUGCAACAUCUCCCACAAUGAGCCCCAUUUCCAGGACACUGAUCAGGCCACAGCAGCCACAGAGACUAAUGUCAACUCCAGGACCCUCACCUCAGCCACAUGGCAUUUUUGAGACCAUCUCCCCAUCACCCUCCUCCUCGUCUUUGAACUCCUCCAUCCUGAGCCCUCAUCCCCUUCACACCCCUGUCCUCACUAACCGCCUGGUCCAGCUGGUAUCCGCCUCAAAUAAGCUUCCCAAGAAGAGGCCUCGCUCUGAGCCUCUAAUACCCAGGACUCGACGGUUCCCUGGUCCUGCUGGACUCCUGCCACAGCAGCCGCAGGGUCACAGCCUGGACGACAUUGUGGUUUCUGUCCCUCAUACUCCUGCUCACGGUGUUGUGGCCCGUUUGCCAAGCCAGGUUUCCAGCUCCCAAAAUGAGGAAGACGAGUUCAGUGGCGGCGCCUGGGCAGCGAUGAAGACUGAGAUGGGAUUGGAUGAGAGGAACCCAUCGUGCUUCUUGUCCUCCUACAGCGUGGUCAUGGUGCUUCGAAAGGCUGCACUGAAACAGCUGGCAAAAAACAAAGUGCCUAACAUGGCUGUGCUUCUGAAGAGCAUCAUCCACACACAUGCUGAUGCCAAGGCUGUAUUCAAAGACCCAACAGGGGAGAUUCAGGGAACCGUGCAUCGGCGCCUCCUGGAGGACAGAGCAGAGGAACUGAAGGUUGGCGCCGUACUGCUGCUGAAACAAGUUGGUGUUUUUUCCCCCUCUCAUCGUAACCAUUACUUGAAUGUGACGGCCAAUAACCUUCUGAGGGUCUACAACUCCGAUGGAGUCAGUUUGUCAUCCACUCAGCUCCCCACAAUGGUCCUGGAGCCAAUAUUGCCAUCACUCACUCGGUCCACCAACACCCGCCGGGAGCCAAUAUCUCGCAUGCAACUGGUGUUUGACGAGGAGGAUGACGAGGGACAAGAAGGUAGAGGAAGCAAUGACCCCCAAGCUCCAUCAGGCACCCAAGUCACCUCAAGCAAAGAGCCGGCUGGGAAUCCAGGACCACAGGACCCAGCCUGGGAUGCAGAUGAUGACUUGGAUGAGCUGCUGGGAGAGUUACCAGAGGACACCUACAGCCUUUGAUGUAACUUUACAUCAGCAAACAAACAGACUUCCACAAGUUACUUUAUGACUAAAAAAAGUUUUUCUCUUGCUGACAUCACUUCUUUAAAAUCUGUGAACCUGUGAAGAACCUGUGCAGAAAUAUAUCUUGGAAACGUU